AUGCCGUCAGACCGCUUCCCUAAAGUCUUGAUGACGUUGACGCACUGCUUCCUGUACUACCGCAAGCAGAUCUGGGUACAAGCUCGGCGUUCUCUAAGCGAGCAACCAGACGUUCAUGCCCGCCUUAUGGCCGUCUAUAGGGAGGUUCCCGAAUGGUGGUACGCCAUCAUCUUCGCCACCAUGUUUGUCUUUGGAGUUGUUGUCGUUGAGGUCUUCCACCCGGACUUCCCGGUUUGGGCGUUCGUACUUGCACUGGCCAUCUGUAAGGCACCUUUCCCAUCUCCUGCAUGCGUCUUUGAGGGACUCAAUAUUGAAUCACUAAGCAUUCGUGUACACCAUCCCUAUCGGCAUUAUUCAGGUGGGCAUACUCUCGAGUUCCUUUGGUUGGCUUCGGUUCUGUUCUGA